CCUUAUGUGGCUAUAGUACCUUCAUUUGCUUAUGCUUUCAUGGCUGCUUUGCUUGGUUUUUUAGGUUACUACCAUUGCCUUGCUGCUGUUUUACUUUCUUUAGCUAUAGUUUUAGUUCACGGAGAUAUUCACAGUAGCUUUAACAUGGGGUAUGAAGUGAAGAGAAAUGAAGUGAAAAGCUGUGAUUUUUUUCAAGGAAGUUGGGUUUUUGAUGAUUCUUUUAACCCUCUUUAUGAUUCUUCGAGUUGUCCCUUAGUCGGCGGUGGCUUCGAUUGCCAAAAAAAUGGCAGACCUGAUCGGAAUUACCUCAAGUAUAGAUGGCAACCUAAUGACUGUGCACUCCCCAGGUUCAAUGGAAUUGGUUUCCUGGAGAAAUAUAAGAACAAGAAGAUACUUUUUGUGGGGGAUUCAUUAAGUAACGAUAUGUGGAGAUCACUCAUUUGCAUGCUACAUUCUGCAAUCCCAAACCCAAACUACACAUUUGCUUCAAGAGGCCUGCUCUCUACAUUUUCAUUGCCGGACUAUGGGGUAUCAGUUAACUGGCUGAAAAAUGGGUUCCUGGUGGAUAUGGCUUAUGAAAAAAUUGGUAAAGUUUUGAAGCUUGAUUCAAUCAGUACUGGGCAUUUGUGGCUUGGAGCUGAUGUCUUGAUCUUCAAUAGCUACCAUUGGUGGACUCACUCCGGACGUUUUCAAUCAUGGGACUACUUCCAGUAUGGAAACAAGACAGUGAAAGAGAUGGAUCACAUGGAAGCAUACAAGAUUGCAAUGACAACAUGGGCAAAUUGGGUUGAUACCAACAUUGAUCCUUCAAAGACUAGAGUCUUCUUCCAAGGAGUUGCUGCUGUUCAUUUCAAUGCCAAGGAAUGGGGUGAACCAAGCGAUAAAGGUUGCAUUAAACAAACGGAACCAUUGAAAGGGUCAACAUAUCCAGGGCCUCCUGUGCCCGGGGAAGCUAUUCUAAAGACUGUUUUGAGUAAAAUGACUAAGCCUGCCUAUCUACUUGACAUUACUUUGCUGACACAGUUAAGAAAAGACGGUCAUCCUUCAAUCUACGCCGGUGCUGGCCCCAAGCUCAUCGAUUGCAGCCAUUGGUGUCUUGCUGGUGUGCCUGAUACUUGGAAUCAACUAUUAUAUGCAGCUUUGGUUCAAAGCUAAGUUAUUCUUUUCCUUAUAGUGUGGGGAGAAAAUUUACCAACUAACUAACAACCACGUUGGUUGUUUCUUAUGGUAAGGGAAUCAAGUUUUAGUUACAAUAAAAAGAAAUCUUUCUUUUUUCUGAAUAUCUAAGAAAAAAUAAUCAGCUUCUGCGACACCUGCAACCAGUCUGGUUGCUAGCUACCAGUCAGAUGAGCUAGUCAUAACCUAGCUUCAUCGUCACAGAUGCCAAAAGGAGCUAUUGCAACCAGGAUUUAGUCACCAGUAAAAACUAAUGAAGUUUUAUCCCAAUUUAGAUUAUAAUCAUUAAAAUUAAAAGAAAUAAAUGAUGAAUUAUUUGAUUAAUGAAUCAAACAAACUUGGUUCAAUCCCAAGGAACUACAGAUAUGAUUUAAAUUACAUGCUACCGAAACUGAAACAUACAUCAUAAACAACAAUCAGAGUUUAGCAUCCAACUUCAGCUCAAGAAAGGUAAAGAUUCAUUUCAAAUACCUCAACAAUCAAAAUAUAAACAAGUGCAGCAUGCUGUCAUGGAGAGCCAAAGAAAGAAG